UUCACGCUCUUCCGCUCAUUUCCAAACCAGGUGCUUGACGACAAACCUCAGAGAGAGAGAGAGGAGAGUCUGUGACAGAAAAAAAAAAUCACAGUGGACACUUUUAUGAAUCCUGCAAAACUGAAUGCGGAACAUUGCUUUCACCUUUGUGGAUUUUUUUUUUUUUAAAACGUGUGUGCAACUUUCAUGUGUUUUUUUUAUUUUUUUUGUUGCCGCAGGUCUGACAGAGUUGUGAGCGGACUUGGUGCGAGCGCGUCAGUGUUUUAACUCGGGGAAGAAGAACCGAACCUGGCGCUUGGAUUUUUUCCCCUUUUCUUUUUCCUUUUUCGCUUUGUUUGCCCCCCCAGAAAGCAAGCUGAACAUCAUCGACUGUGGCAUGACCGGUAUAACUGGCAUUUCGACAGGUGAAUAAUUUCCCCUAAUUCCUUCCGAUAAGAACUUUCCCUUGUCAUUACUUUUUAUUGGGGAAGGGGGAUAAAACUUAAGUUUUUUUAAAGAUGUCGAAACCCGCUGAUCACAUCAAGAGACCCAUGAACGCGUUCAUGGUUUGGUCCCGGGGCCAGCGGAGGAAAAUGGCCCAGGAAAACCCCAAAAUGCACAAUUCGGAGAUCAGCAAGAGACUGGGCGCGGAGUGGAAGCUGCUGUCGGAGUCCGAGAAGAGACCGUACAUCGACGAGGCCAAGCGGCUGCGGGCACAGCACAUGAAGGAGCACCCCGACUACAAGUACAGACCCCGGCGUAAGCCCAAAAACCUGCUGAAGAAGGACCGCUACGUGUUCCCGCUGCCCUACCUGGGGGACGCCGAGCACCUGAAGGGGCUGCCGGUGUCCCAGGACUCGCUGCUGGGCGCGGCGGACAAAGCCCGGGCGUUCCUGCCGCCCUCCUCCUCCUACUCCUUCCUCGACCCCAGCCAGUUCAGCUCCAGCGCCAUCCAGAAGAUGACGGAGAUGCCGCACGCGUUGAGCACCAGCACUUUGCCGUACGCGUCCUCGUUGGGAUACCAGAACGGCGCGUUCGGCACCCUCGGGUGCCCCAGCCAGCACACCCACACCCACCCGUCGCCCACGAACCCGGGCUACGUGGUGCCGUGUAACUGCACCGCCUGGUCGGCGUCCAGUUUACAGCCGCCCGUGGCUUACAUACUGUUUCCAGGUAUGACCAAGACUGGGAUAGACCCGUACUCAUCCGCACACGCCGCUGCCAUGUAACCUUCAAAAAACUGCUUCUUUUUGUUUUGAUUUCAUUUUUUGUUCCCCACUUGAAUACAGAACAUGCAUGUAAAUAAGUUCCGGACAGUGCGCCCCCCAACCCCAUCACAAAAAGGCAUAAACUUUGUUGAGUUGCCGCGGACUCUUGGCCAAAAAAAAGAAAAGACAGAAAAGAAACUUUUGCAGAAAUCCAACAAGUUCUUCCUGAGCAAAAAAAGGAGCUGGGGUUUGGACGUUAAGGAUGGAGCCCAUGUGAACUGUAAGAAAAAUGUAAAUGUUAUAACGUUUAUGGCAACCAGAAAAAAGGAGGCCUUUAAUUUUAUUUAUUAUAUGUACAUUUCAGUGCUGAUAUGCUGAGUUGUGUUGAUUAUCGCUAUAGGCUACUCGUUUAUUUUGAAAAAUUGGCUUGCACAAUUAGGGUUCUCAUUUCCUGUAUAGGCCAAAAUAGUCCACGUUUGGUAAUUUUAUGACGAUGUUCUGGAUAUAGGGCCGAAAUCCGAACACAUGGGCUGCUUUAUAUACGGGUUAUUUUGUUUAUAUUAAAAUACCUGAAGCAUACAAAUAGAUGGACUGUUUAAGAUGACAAAAGGGAGGGUGAAAAAUCAUUCAAAAGUUUCAGUUUGCAUUAUUUCCUGUGGAUCACUCCUCCCUAUUUAAGUUUUUUUUUAAUAGCAAUUAUCAUAAUCAUUAUUAUUAUUAUUAUUUUUGAGGAUCACUUCUAUUUGAAUUCAAGGAGUUCUAUGUGUAUUUUCUAUUUAAGAUGGUAAUUUAAAACAUGUCAUGUUAUGGAAAGGAUAUUGUAUCCAGAAGGUUGAUACCUCCUGCUCUUUGUUCAAGUGCUGAGCAAAGACAUUUUGAAUAAAGACAAUCUGUCUUCAACCA